GCCUGGAGAGGAGAGGGAGAGGAGCUGGCAGGGCUUGAGGGGCACGGGGCAGGGCAGGGUUCAGCAGACCUGGCCUCCGUUCCGUGAGAGCUCCAAGCUCGAGGGUCCAGGGUGGCUUUCAGGCUGGGGAGCGGCAGGGCUGCCCGCUGGGGCAGCAGCGGAGUGUAAAAGGACUCUUGGUCCCCCUGGCAAAGGGCUCUGACUUCAGCCGACUCUGAUGGCCCGCAUGGGCACGGAGUUUAAUUUUAGCUCCAGCCUCAGGAGUACCUGGCCGUGGGUACGGGGUGGGUAGCCAGAGCCGCGCAGGGACUAUUUAGGCAGCGAGGAGCGGGGGAGACCAGCGCUACUUGCUUCCAGCCCUUUGCCCGGCAAAUGUGCUUCCUGCGGGAGCCCUGACCAGCCCUCCAUGGCCUGGCAGACAGCCCUCCUGUCAGUCAAGGGCAGGGUCAGAGGGUGCAGCCACGAGGGCAGAGGGACAUUGCCUUGCAUUUUGGACAAGGAUUGCAUCAGUCUGAGCAGUGCGCAGGGGCAAGUGCCCCUACUAGUAGGGCAAAGCCUGGCUGGGUUUGGAGGCCAAGGAGACAGAGUCCUGAGCACAAGAAAGCAAGUCCAGAGAGCUGGGUCCUCCCCGCCCCCUCACGCAUGGCCAGUGACUUCCUUUAUGGCCCUAGGCUUGUCCUCAUGGGUCUCAGUCUUCCCAUCUGUACAAUGACAGUGCUGGACUAGAGGGCUGAUCACAGCCCCGGUCUCUGCCCUCAGGUCCUGCUCAUUCUGCCUGUGUGCCUGCAGAGGUACCUGGCUUCCCCUAGCCUUGGUUGUGGGUGGCCAAUGCAGUUCUGGAGAAGAAAGUCUCUCUGGCUGGCACUGUCAGCCUCCUGGCUCCUCCUCACCUUCCUGGGGGUCUUGCCCCUUCUCCGCCUAGCAGUGUCCCCCAGACCUCAGCCCAUCGCCCCUCAAGGCUGGCCCUGCUGGCUGGAUGCAGCUCUCCUGAGGAGUUUCUCCCAGCCUGAGGAGCCCCCAGAAGAUGCACCUCAACUUCCUCAAGCCCCCCGUGGUGCCAGCUGCAGCUGGGGAAUCUGCUUUGACCCCUCCAGGUGCAGGGGUGAUGGCCUCAAGGUAUUCGCACCCGCAGCAGCUGGACCAGCCUCUGAGAUGCACCGCAGGAUCCUGGCUUCCCUGGAAAGCUCCCGCUACCACACGCGCAACCUCACGGAGGCCUGCCUCCUUCUCCUCCUCAGCGCGGACACCCCGUCUGGACGGUGUGGCCCGGCUCCUCACCACUGGGAUGGAGGCAGGAACCACCUGGUCGUCCGUCUCCACCCAGACCCCUGCCCCUGGGCCUCCCAGCUGGGACAGGCAAUGGUGGCAGAGGCCAGCCCCAGGGUGGACACCUUCCGGCCUGGCUUCGAUGUGGCUCUCCCGCUUCUCCCUGAAGCCCACCCAUUGCGUGGUGGGGCUCCUGGCCAGCUGCGGCAGCACAGCCCCCACCCUAGGGCAACCCUGCUAGCCCUGGCAGAGGAGGGGGGCAGGUGGCGCACAGCAGAUACCCACUCUUCCACCUGCCCCUGGGAUGGGCGCUGUGAGCAAGACCUUGGAUCUAAGCAGACCAGCCCUGAGGAAAAGCUGCCCAACGCCACCUUCUGCCUCAUCCCUGGCCGCCAUGCUGAAGCCUCUCGCUUCCUCCAAGCCCUGCAGGCUGGCUGCAUCCCUGUGCUCCUCAGCCCCCGCUGGGAGCUGCCCUUCUCUGAGGUCAUCGACUGGACCAAGGCGGCCAUUGUAGCUGAUGAGCGGCUCCCACUUCAGGUCCUGGCCGCCCUCCAGGAGAUGGCUCCCGCACGGGUCCUCGCCCUGCGCCAGCAGACCCAGUUCCUGUGGGACGCCUACUUCUCCUCAGUAGAGAAAGUCGUCCACACCACCCUGGAGAUUCUUCAGGACCGGAUCUUAGGCGUAUCUGCCCGCCCCUCACUGCAGUGGAACAGCCCUCCAGGAGCCCUCCUGGCCCUGUCCACUUUUUCCAGGCGGCCCCAGGACUUCCCCUUCUACCACCUGCAGCAGGGCUCCCGCCCUGAGGGCAGAUUCAGCGCCCUGAUCUGGGUGGGGGCCCCCGGCCAGCCCCCCCUGAAGCUCAUCCAGGCGGUGGCAGGCUCCCAGCACUGUGCUCAGCAGUUAUUUUCUGGCUCAGACCCCGGGCAUGCAAAGAAAAAGCAAGACGAGAUUCUGCCCCAGGAUUCAGAUUCUGUUGGCGUGUCCUGGCACCCAGGCUGUCAAAUCACGUUUCAGGGAAGCCAGAUCCUGGUUCUCUGGAGCGGUGAGAAGCCACUCCCUUUCAGGUGGCCGGACACGAGGGUGCCCUUGACAGUCGUGGACGGGCACAGGAAGGUCAGUGACCGCUUCUUUCCGUACAGCGCCAUCAGCACCGACGCUAUCCUCAGCCUCGAUGCCCACAGCAGUCUUUCUACCAGUGAGGUGGACUUUGCCUUCGUGGUGUGGCAGAGCUUCCCAGAGCGGAUGGUGGGCUUUCUCACAUGGAGCCACUUCUGGGAUGCGGCCCAGGGUGGCUGGGGCUACACUGCUGAGACGGCCAAUGAAUUCUCCAUGGUUCUCACCGCGGCUGCCUUCUACCACAGGUAUUACCACACUCUCUUCACCUACUCCCUGCCCAAGGCCAUGAGGACCCUGGCAGACGAGGCACCCGCCUGCGUAGACGUCCUGAUGAACUUCCUAGUAGCAGCAGUCACCAAGCUGCCCCCUAUCAAAGUGCCCUAUGGCAAGCAGCACCAAGAGGCCGCUCCACUGGCUCCUAGGGUUCCGGGAUCCGGGCCCCAGCCUCAGCCGCCACACCAAGACUGCAUCAACCAGAUGGCGGCGGAGUUCGGGCACAUGCCUCUGGUCUCUUCUCGCCUGCGUCUGGACCCCGUGCUAUUCAAGGACCCAGUGUCUGUGCAGCGCAAGAAGUAUCGCAGCCUGGAGAAGCCCUAGGAGAGACCCGGGGGGUCCUAGCCCGGCUCCCGGGGCUCCCACACCCCACGCCACACCCCGCGGCCGGGCGGCGCUGGGCAGCGCCUGGAUGCGCCGCGCCCUCGCCUCUGCUGCUGCGCCUCGGCUCGGGCGGACCCGCUCGCCUCGAAUGCUUUCCCCUGCUACUCCGCCCAGCUGCCUUUACUGUCUUUCAGAUCCUUGCCUGACAUUUAUGUUCGAUCUCACAGGGUUCGGGCCGUUGAUGCUGUGGCGGUUUCGGAACCGUUCACACCGGCUGGCAACGCGAACACCGGCCGGCCCCAGGACCGGCCUGGGAGUCCGGAGGGCGGGUCGCGUCCUCUUUUCUCUGGUCUGGCAGGAGCGCCGCAAACAUUUGAUGGGUGGAAGAGACAUUAACUGCCUGUUAGCGUGGACGCUGUGUGCGGAGAGACAAAACCUCCCACCCCGGGGCUCCUAGUCGGCGAGGAAGGCAGCCAUCUACAGAAGCCUGGGUUGUCAGGCUUAAUCCCCGCGCCCCAGGGAAGGAGCAAAGAGGUGCAGGAAAGCCAGGAGUCGGAGGAGGAAAAGCGAUGGGACCGCAGGUGACGCAUCCCUGCCGCGCAGGACCCUGGGCUCUGGCACCACCAGCCUCCCCGCAUUACCGACUUGUGCCACUAGAGGUCAGCGCCGCACCGCGCUCCCUCGGCCGAAGGGCCUGGCGCUGUAACCUUCCCCUGGCGGGGGGGCGGGGUGAGAGGGCGAGCCCCGGGCGUGGAGGGUCGGCCGUGUGCACCGCCCGGGGUCUGGGGUCUGCAAACACUGGAGAAAUCGGAAAGAACAUCCACACCCCUUUGGUUUACACACUCGGAGCCCCGCAAGAAAGGACUAUUUCUGGUGGACAGGGCAGGAGGGGGGCCGUCCCCAGCGCCCCGUAGGUGAGGGUGGAGUGGGGGAGGGCGCUGGUUCUCUCCCGGCUUCGUCCACCUGGAACUGGAAUUAUCACUUCCGAAAUAAAACGCGCGUCCUUGCCCCUUCA